AUGUUUCCCGGAGCGGCAGCUCGUCAGGGCAAGUUCACUCUCAUCAUACCCUCCUCAACGCCCUCUCUAACAAGCCAUCCCAUACAGAAAGCCCUCCGCUCCUUCUUCGGCAUCGGCGAGCUACGAUGCAACAUGCUGAUGGCCCGAUUCCACAUCCAUCCCACCGCAACCAUCGGCGAGCUAGCAACUAAGCAAGUCCUGGACCUGACGGGCGCAUUGUCCAACAUGAAGAUCGAGAACGACCUGAAGCGAGAGAUACUCAACAACAUUAAGAGAUUGAAGGAUACUGGAACGUAUAGAGGAAGGAGACAUGCCCUCAACCUGCCAGUUAGAGGACAGAACACUAGGAGCCAGAUUAAAUCCGCGAUUGAAUUCAAUCGUAUCGACAGGCAGUUAUGA